CGCGAGAUUUCGCUUGGCUGAUCCUCUCAGGCAGAGUCCGUGAACGGAGUCAGUCAAUGUGGGACGGAGUUUUGUCUGUUGUUUAGUGGAGAAGGAGGGGGAGAGCGGGUCGUUGAUUUGACACAGGGCUUGCUUGAAAUCAGUUCGGAGAGCAAGAGAGCCAAGAAUGGCGUCGGGUGAGACACUGUACAUUGAAACCGACGGCUCGGAGAUGCCGGCCGAGAUCGUCGAGCUGCACGAAAUCGAAGUUGAGACCAUCGAGACUACAGUGGUCGGUGGAGACGACGACGAGCACCAGCCGAUGAUCGCUCUGCAGCCUCUGGUUACAGACGAUCCUAACCACGUUAACCAUCAGGAGGUGAUUUUGGUACAAACUCGCGAGGAGGUCGUUGGCUGCGAUGAUUCAGACCUCCACGCAGACGACAGCUUCGAGGACCAGAUCCUCAUUCCCGUCCCUGUUCCGGUGGCAGAGGAGGAAUAUAUCGAGCAGACUUUGGUGACCGUGUCUGGCAAGAACCCGUCGGGUAGGAUGAAGAAAGGAGGAGGCAGCGGGAAAAGAGUGGUCAAAAAGAGCUUCCUUAACUCCGCCGAGGCGAGCGGACGCAAAUGGGAGCAGAAGCAAGUGCAGAUCAAAACACUGGAGGGGGAGUUUUCCGUCACUAUGUGGGCAUCUGAUGAUAAGAAAGAUGUCGAUCACGAAACAGUGGUGGAGGAGCAGAUCAUUGGGGAAAACUCUCCUCCUGAUUACUCCGAGUAUAUGACAGGCAAAAAACUGCCCCCUGGUGGCAUACCUGGUAUUGACCUUUCAGACCCAAAACAGCUGGCAGAGUUUGCAAGAAUGAAGCCGAGGAAAAUAAAAGAAGACGAUUCUCCAAGGACGAUAGCCUGCCCCCACAAAGGUUGCACAAAAAUGUUUCGGGACAAUUCCGCUAUGAGAAAGCACUUGCACACCCAUGGGCCACGGGUUCAUGUCUGUGCUGAAUGUGGGAAGGCGUUUGUGGAAAGUUCCAAGCUAAAACGACAUCAGUUGGUUCAUACUGGUGAAAAACCUUUCCAGUGCACUUUCGAAGGAUGUGGAAAGCGCUUUUCUUUGGACUUUAACUUGCGCACACAUGUGCGGAUUCACACUGGAGACAGACCAUAUGUUUGCCCGUUUGAUGGCUGUAACAAGAAAUUUGCUCAGUCCACCAACCUGAAGUCUCACAUUUUGACACACGCAAAAGCUAAAAACAAUCAGUGAGAUCGCUCGCUGAGGAAAGUUUCCCUAAAGACUCCGACAACAGCUUCCUGCUCCAAAACCCACUUUGUAUGUCGUUUCUAGAACCAUUCUUUUCUAAGAGAAUCUCAGCACACAUUUUGAUGGGAUUUGAAAUGUGAAUGAGGACCUGAUACCAAACUAUCCCGUCAACCUUCUCAUGGUAUAGACCUGAAUUAAAUAACUUCCCGGUUAUGAGAGUUUCUUCUUUCGAAGAUGUGAUUGUUUUUGUGGACCCUCAUUCACAUACAAGAUGCUCAUUAUCCUGAGCCCAAAGAAGCAAAUUGUCCAUCAGUGUGUCUGUUUCUACCGGUUUGCAAAGACAAAGACUGCUUUUUAGAUGUCUUCAAAGUGUGCAUAUUGUACACUUUUUAGAGCGUAGAGCUGUCAUAAUGUGUGUGUGUGUGCGUGCGUGCGCAUGUGUGUGUGUGUGUGUGUGUGUGUGUGUUGUCCCUGAGACUUAAAAUCUGUGAAUGCUUUUCUUCAAGGAGAAUGAGUUGGCGUUCAGCUUUUUUUUUUUUCUUAAUGUAAAUACAGCUUUUCUUUGUGAGAGGUAUCCUGUGCAGGUAUCUCAUUUUGUAUACCUGACCUGUAUAAAUGUUUUGAAAUCAUGUAGAUAAUAGAUAUGUUGAUUAGAUUGUGUUUAACCAAUUAAAAGUUUUAUCCAGCUUCAGGAAGUACUACUACAUACACAUGCCUUCUUUUGUAACACGGUAACAAUCUACUCAGUAUGUGAAAAUACAAUUUUCCAUCGAAUUCUCUAAUUUAUUUGAUGAUAUGGAAUAAAGCUAAACUCCCUUGUGCAGUUGCCAAGAGCCUGAAUUUAUCAUGCUGUUGUAUGCUAAAUGCCCUCAAUUGACUUAAAGCUGCACAAUCCUUGCUUUUAAAAUUGUUUUAAUUUGAUUUCACAAAUGACCACUUGAAAGUGAUAUGGGUCUGGUUCAUGGUAAAAAGUAUUACUGCAUCUAGUAGACAAGUUACAAGCAGCAGUGAAUGUACAAUUUGAAAAUGUAUUUUUUUUUUUUAAAUCAAUCAUAACAUGUACCUAACAAUUAUGAGUUGCAGUAACAAAAAAAAAAAAGCACAGCUCUAACAUUGCAUUACUGCAAGCUAAUAUUAAAACAUCCUAACUUAGAAUAAUAGUGAGUGAACGUGAGGCUAAGUAUGAUGUCCCAUAUUCGGAAUUUGUAUAUGAAUAUAUGCACAAUAUUCAGUUAUAAAUUGUAUAAAGUUACACAUGUAUGCUUUUUUAAAUAUUUGUAUGUACUAGUAUGCUAUUGGUGAUGAAGAUUGCUUGCUUUUGCCAAUAUUUGCAGUGUAUCACAGACUAGCGAUCCUUGCAGAACCCUAAAAAUCAUUUUAUUAAACUUUAUUAAUCUGAA